GCUAGAUCAGAGUACCACAGAACAUAUCAGUACAAUAUUGUCGGUCGUGAAGAGUGCACGUACAUCGUUUGGCUGCUAGCUCAUAUACAUUAAUAUGGGUGAGCUAGAGAACUAAAUACUGCACCGCUCAUACUAUCGACUAUAGCUAAAUACUACAGAAUGGCCCGUACAGUGAUCGUAUUCCUCAGCCUGUUGGUCCUCAAACUGGGCCACGGCUUCAACGGAGACAGCUUCGAGCUGGAGUGCCCAGACGAAUGUGACUGCCACUACUUCAGGAUCAACUGGGUGACCGACUGUUCAGAGAGCAACUUAACCGAGGUUCCCUACGCUGAACUCAGUCUGAGCGUUUACAUUCUCGAUCUGAAUGAAAACAACAUAACUAGCCUCGAAUCGUUCCCGAGUGAUAUAAAGAUGAGAAGAUUGCAAAUUGCCAAUAAUAGACUGACAAGAAUCGAGCGGCAGGGAUUCAAAGGACUCGAGUAUCUAAUAGAUGUUGAUUUGUCCGGCAAUAACAUCACUUAUGUGGAGCCCGAGGCAUUCCUAGACUCUCGUGGACUCUUAAACGUGGAGCUUCAAGAUAAUCCGCUUGGUAAUACUGAUGGCCCAUUUUUAAUAUCGAGCACGCUGCAGUAUUUGGACAUCAGUAACUGUAACAUAUCCAUUAUAAAUCCACAAUUCUUCGACAACAUUACAUCACUAACAACUCUCGAUCUCUCCAAUAACCCAUUGGUUUCCCUGGAUGAUUCUGUAUUUGAUGACCUCACAAGCUUGGAAACCUUAAAAUUAAAUGAUUGUAAGCUGAAAAAUCUAACUGAGAACGUUUUUCUUGCACUUGUAAACUUAAAAAAUCUAGAAUUAGCAGGAAAUUAUUUAACGGACACAAAUUGGCCAGAAAUAUUAGGAAGUCUAACGAGAUUGGAAUACCUUAACCUUAGGAAAUCAAGUAUAACAUAUUUAUCAGAAGAUACGUUUUCAAAUUGCACAAAUUUGGUCACGCUCAUUUUGGCGGAUAAUAAAUUGCUUGACUUGGACGUCGCUGCUACAUUGGGUAAUAGUGUGAAUCACUUGGAAUUGUUGGAUCUGUCCAAUUGCCACAUUAAAGGACCUAUUUCAGGCGAAGCAUUUGCUAACGCCACUAGAUUGAAAUCUCUUUAUUUAUCAGGCAAUCCUCUUUUUGCACCAGAUUUGAAAGAGGCUCUCGCGCCUUUGCCGAAACUUGAAAAACUAUUUUUAAGCAACUGCGGCCUUCGAAAUUUGCCUGAUAAUUUUAAUGUAUUUGAAAAUCUCAUUGAAUUAGAUAUUUCACGCAAUCCCCUGGUGAAUGUCUUUACGAGAUUGCUCGCUCCGCUGGAUAAAUUGGAGUACCUUAAUAUGGGAUACAGUAAUCUGUCAUAUGUUGGACCUGAAACUUUUUCCCAUAUGACUUCUAUGAAACGAUUAGUUCUAUCGGGUAAUGACUUGCUGUCGCUAGAGGCCGGACUUUUUGGUAAUUUAACACAACUUACUACUUUGGAGCUAGAGUUCUGUGGUUUAAAGAGGCCGCUGAACGCAAAUGCCUUCUUUAAAAAUCUUACAUACAUGGAUUUGCGAGAAAUGAAACUCGGUGGCAAUCCACUUAUUAUUCCCGAAUCUGGUCCGCUCUUCCCAAAACAAUUAUCACAAGUGACUGUUCUUGAUCUUAGUAAUAGUAACAUAACCUCAUUAAAUCCUGACGCUUUUAAAAAUACAGAAAAUAUAACCGAUUUGAACUUGGCCGGUAAUAAGAUAAAGUCGGAAGAAGGAAGUUUAGCGUUUUUGGAAAGACUACACCAUUUAGAGAAAAUCAACCUUAGCAAGAACAAUUUGACAACAAUUGAUCCACAGUUAUUCUCGAAUAAUCCAAAGCUCCAUUCGCUUAAUCUUAUCGGAAAUCCGUUCAUAUGUGAUUGCAAAAUCGCGGAAAUGUGGGAUUGGGCCAACAUGAUUAAAGGCGAUUUAGACGUCUUAAUCGGAGCCAAGAGCGCUGAAAAAGAUAUAAUAGUGAAGGGAAAUAAAAAGAAGAGAAAUCUGUACUGCCGUUACAAUGAACUUCGGAACAUAACAAUCACAGCAAAUAAAACAGUGCCAGGUCGAAGGCCGUUUGCCAAACCUAGAGAACUCACAUAUGCUAAUAGAACAUGGGCGAAAUACGUCAGAGAAUCAGGUUGUGAGCCUGUGGUCAAAAUUCUGAGGCCCGUAGCGUUGGUUGCUGAUUUAUUUCCAGACACUAAUCAUUACGCUAUGUCCACCACCGCGAUGAUUUUAGCCGUAUUAGCUUUCACACUUGGUGCCGCCACCGUGGUUAUGACUUGGAGAUUAUUCCGAAAGAAUCAAAUUCCAGAAAUUGAUACAGAGGAUAAUAGAAAGCAGAGAUAACAAAGCGUCAAAAAAUCAGUAAAUAGACUGUUUCCAUUCUUGCAUAGUUCAAUAAUAUAUCUGUAAGGAGUAGACGUGAUUUAUUGAGAAACUGUUUUUCAAUGUGGUUUUCAUAAUAUUACAACUAGUCAAAUUUAAAAUUCUAUUUUCAUAGAACCUCUUGUAAGUUAGUAAAGUUUCCUAGGUGUAAGUUUAUGUCAGUAUUUUGUUUAUAAUAAAGACCAAAUAAAAUUUA